GGACGGGACCUCUGUACGAGGUCCCGAUCAUGUGAUCACUGAUUGGCCAAUCAGUGAUCACAUGCAAAGUAGUAAGCAAGAUGUCACUUGUGACAUCAUUGCUUACUACGUGUGAAAUCUGUGAAUGAUCACAGAGGUCACAUGGUACAAGGCUAUUCACAACAGCCUUGUACCAUGUGACAAGCUGUCAUCAAUCACAGCUCACUCAGUACUUCUCAAUGUAGUAAACAAUGAUGUCAAAAGUGACAUCUUGCUU